UUUACCGUCAGCACCGUAGACAACCGGCCACUUCCAAUCAAAGCAUCAAGUGAACGUCUUCGGCACUUCGUGCGUGGUUCGAGAUAGUCGUGCUAGGAAACGCCUUCCAGUAAGUCGGUAUAGAUUUUGAGAACAAUAUCAAUUGAACAUGAAGAAAAGUGAGUUGUCCUAAUGAAAUGUGAUAGAACAGAAGUAAUCAGGUAUCGAUCUCAAAAGUUUAGAGAGUGAAUGUUUGCACGUAUGCUUUUAUUUCACAGAGCCGCAAGCGAUAAAUUUCGCUUCCACCCGACGAUAGGCGACCAGUUCUUCGAUACUCACUGCCAUAUACGGACUAUAUUAUCGGUUCAAUAAUGACCAGCCGGUUGCUCGUGCCGUCAGUCGUGAUCAUUUCUGCAACCCUUCUGUUGCUCCUACAGCAGCCUAAUGGAGCUGACUCGGCAAAAAUCCUGUGCCUUUUCCCUACGGCCAGUAAAUCUCACGUCCUCGGUACUCAGGCCUUGCUGAAGAACCUAGCCCAACGCGGCCAUGAGGUCACCAUGGUCAGUGCCUUCCCGUUGUCAAAGCCGGUGAAGAACUACCGAGAUGUGUAUGUGCCGAUCGAGGAUGCCUUCGGACCCGUCAUGGCAGGCUUCAUGCAGGGUGGCAGUCGAAACAUGUUUAAAAUGAUGCCAAUUGUUAUGAAGGCCUCGCUCGAUAAUAGCAACUAUACGAUCAACUCACCGCAGUUCCAGAAGCUGGUCAAAGAAGAGCAAUUCGAUGUAGCCAUAUUGGGCUUUUUCAUGAAUGACUUCAUCACUGGAGUUCGUUCGUGGCUGAACUGUCCCACGAUCAUGUACUUUUCGGCCGGGUUCAACAGUUUGGCCAACUUGGUAGGCAAUCCUACGGAGAUCUCUGCCGCUCCGCAUUUGCUUCUGGGCAACAAGAACCCGAUGAGCUUCUUCGAUCGCGUGAAAAACACACUCGUAUACAUGGUGGAUUUUGUAGUAGCUAAGGCCCUCGCUUACGCUACGAAGCCCUACUAUGAAUCCAAUUUCCCCGCUGAAAAGGGAUACCCCUCGUACGAGCAGGCUAAGCUAGACGUAUCGCUGGUCAUGCUCAACUCGUACUUCACCCAAACCGUACCUCGACCAUACCUGCCCAACAUCGUUGAAGUGGGAGGCCUGCAGAUCAAAGCGAAACCCGAUCCACUGCCAGAAGACAUCCAAGCGUGGUUGGACGGCGCCAAGGAUGGUGCCAUCUUCCUGAGCUUCGGGUCAAACCUCAAGAGCUCGAAUCUACGACAGGACAAGUUCGAUGCCAUCAUCAAAAGCAUCUCCAAGCUGAAGCAACGCAUCAUCUGGAAGUGGGACACGGAUGUUAUGCCCGGUAAGCCGGACAACGUCAUGAUCGGAAAGUGGUUGCCACAGGACGAUAUUUUGGCGCACAAGAAUCUGAAGUUGUUCGUGACACACGGAGGAUUGGGCAGCAUUACCGAGUCGAUGUACCACGGAGUGCCGAUCGUUGGAAUACCCAUGUUUGGCGAUCAGGAAACCAAUGUGGCGCAGGUCAUAAAGGAUGGUUGGGGUGCCCCGGUGUCGUUCGAUGACCUGACCGAGGAGAAACUUACGGCGGCAAUCAAGGAAGUCCUUGGUGAGCCAAAGUACGCCGAGAAGAUCCGCAGCAUGACCGACUUGUACAAAGAUCGACCCCAGUCGGGGAUGGAUUUGGCGACGUUCUGGGUGGAAUACGUGAUACGGCACAAGGGAGCUCCGCAUCUGCACUAUCAAGGAGCGGAUUUGAAUGUUCUGCAGCGGUACUUGGUGGAUGUGUUUGCCUUUCUGGGAGCGGUGCUGUACAUCGCUAAGAAGCUGGUAUGCUUUGCGUUAUGCCGAGUGAAGCGAAUGGUUUGCGGCAGUAAUCAGAAGACGAAAAAGCAGAAGAAGCAAUGAUCUUAGCAUUUAUUUAGGAAAUAAUGAAGGAGAAGGUGUACUGUGUACACAAGGUUUCAGGGAACGUUUUUUGUACGAUCACUCAUCUUUUCUCACAUUUUAGGUUCAAAACCAAUAAAGUAAAAUUGUCGAUUUUUUUGCUGACA